GUUUGUUCUAUGUUGCAGGAUUUCUCCUAGCCCUCAUUGCUUCCUACCCUGUUGCACCCUCCAUCCGAAAAUUCUCUGGACUUUGGAAUAGAUUUUCGGGCGCAAACCUCCGAGGCAAUGGAUAAGAUCUCUUGGAACGACCCUAAGUGGACAGCGAUACGUUGGUACACGUCAUUCCUCUGUGCUUAUCACGCCUUUGCGCUGAUUCCGUGGCUUUGUCGGCCACUUCCGACUGCACUCAACCUCGCCUUGUCCCGAUCCCCGCUGACAAGAGACUAAACAUAUAAGCCUGAGCAAUCUCGUUACUGUUCCGCCACUGAAUUGAGUACACGGUCACUACCAGCCAGGUCCAGAAGAUCUUGUGUAUACCCUUAUCUGUUGCGUAAAGAACGAUUGACGAAAUGGCCGUUCAGCCUAUCACCGUCGAGCCGAUUGCCGUACCCGAGGGCUCUGGCGUUAAUUUUGGUGCAAUCAUCAGCAACGUCGAUAUCGAGAACUUGUCAGAUGCCGAGUUUGAAGUGAUUCGUGACGCACUCUUCAAGCAUCAGGUUGUGGUAUUCAAGAACCAAGGCCACGUAUCGCCUAAAGCUCAAUUCGAGCUCACUCAACGCUUCGACCCAGCGGCGAACAGCUAUGGCCAUGGCAAAACUCUGGACGCGAAGCGUAGCAUUCUUCAUCCCGAUUUGAAAACCAUCCCACAUCAACCCCAGGUGCAAGUUAUCGGCAACGGUUUUGUGCCACAGUAUGAAGGUCUGAAGGACAUCAAGCUCAAGCACCCCCACCAUAAGACCUUCCACAAGACCGUCAUCCCUGAGAAGGAUGACUUGGACUUCACUCGUUUCUACAGGUGGCACAUAGAUGCUGCACUGUAUGACCUCGCGCCGCCCGUCGUCACAACCCUCCUUGCGGUCAAGGUGCCCGCCGGUCGUCGCCAGAUUUGCCGAUAUGACGAUGGCACCGGCGACGAACUCGACGUUCCCCUUGGCACUACCGCCUUCGUCUCCGGAUACACCAUGUACGACGUCCUGUCCGAGGAGCAGAAAGAAUUUGCGCGCACUACCAAAGUAGAGUACGCUCCGCACCCUUACAUCUGGAUGUCCGGCGCCAAGUCCCGGCCGACGGGUUUGGGCAUGCUCUCCGAAGGUCUCGAGAUCCCGCUCUCGGACCUCCCGGAGAUUCAGGAAGACAAGAUUCAAAUCCUGCCCAUGUGCUGGAAGAACCCGGUCGACGGCCGUCUGGCCAUCCAGAUCCACCCUUCUGCCGUCAGGAAGCUGCACCUCAAGGAUGGCACCGUCAUCGACGAUUUGGAAAAGGUCCGUGAGAUCUGCUACAACAUCCAGAGACCGGGCAUUUCGCCCAAGUACGUCUACGCUCAGGACUGGGAGGAAGGCGACUUCGUGCUGUUCCAUAACCGCGGCGUUCUCCACUCUGUUGUUGGCGCCUUCGCCGAGAACGAGGUCAGACUGUUUAGACAGUGCAAUGUUGCUGCUAGUCACUUUCCCGAGGGGCCAGACGCCGAGCCUACCGCAGCCUAGAUAGGAUUUUGAGCGUACGAGCGAAGGGGUGAGCUGAUGACAGAGACGAAGCUGAUUUUUGCGCUUGAAAAACUUUUUUUUUCUUCUUCACUGUCUAGAUAUUAUACCGUAGAACAAAUCGAUUCCAUUACCGAC